AGUUAGUACCAAAAUAUGAAGCAUUAAGGAAAGAAAAAGAAGAAUUUAACGAUACCGCUGAAACAGAAUUUGAAAAAUAUCUAGACAGUUUUUUAAAUUAUCUUGAAAUUUUAAUACCUCCAACUUCUAAUAAUUUUAAGAAUAAUGUAAAAAACAAAACUGAAAAACUUAAAGAUAAAUACCAAAAAUUAAUAGAUGAAAAUAAAAAAAUAAAAGAAAGCGAAAAUAACUUUUAUCAAG